AAGAGGUACAGGGGCCUAUAUAACACAUAAAAAACACAAGGGUAGUUAAUGUAAACCAUUAUAACAAAGAGAGAGAUAAUAGAAAUUACAAGGAUCGUACCCAAACCCUCCAUUCAUCAAGAAACCAUGCCCGUACGCAUCUCACGAUCCUGAUCCUCCUCUUGGUGUUUCUGUUUCUACCGAAUUCCUCAAGAGCAACACAUCCAAUGGAGAAAAAACCAGCUUCUAGUCUAUUCGUUAAUGAUGGUUCCUUUAUGGAGAGGUUUAAACAACUUCAACAAGAUAAGGAAUCUAGUUCAGAGCCAACUUUAUCAGGGCCCACAAAGCCUAAGCCGGAUAUAAGUAACAGUGGCUCUAAAGCUAGUGCUUCUUUCAAAAUCAACAAACCUCCAUCUGGCAAACUUGCAUUCAGCCUGAAACAGAAAUCGAAACUUGUAACACCUGCUGUCAAGUUAAGUGAAGACGAUGAUGAAGAUGAAAGGAAUGACGGUAACUCAUCAGGUGACGGACCGAUAAAACGGCAAAAGGUGGACCGGUUUGAUGCCUCGGAACUGUCACUAAAGCAAGUUAUUGUUGUACCACCAAGUGAUCCCAUAGUAAAGAAGGCCGCAGAUAAUUUAGCAACUUUCGUGGCAAAAAACGGAAGGCAGAUUGAGCAUAUCACACGUCAAAAGAAUCCUGGAGAUACCCCUUUCAAAUUCCUGUAUGAUGAAAGCUGUGCUGAUUACAAAUAUUAUGAAUACCGGCUUUCUGAGGAGGAGAAGGUUCUGGGAAAAUCUGCAGACGCACAAAUACAACAUACUGGUGGUUCCAAGACUACUGCAGCGAAUAGCUCUCAAAAAUCACAUCAGCAACGUUCAAAUUACCAGAUCCCUGCCUCAGCUUUAUUUGAACCUACCGAGACUGCACAACCUGAUUAUGGUGAAGCUACGGCCCCAUCAGCUUCAGACCCGAUAGCUAUGAUGGAGUUUUAUAUGAAAAAAGCUGCACAAGAAGAAAAGAAAAGGCGCCCUAAACACUCUAAAGACGAGAUGCCACCUCCUGCUUCUCUCCAAGGUGAUGGUAAAAGGGGCCACCAUAUGGGUGAUUAUAUACCUCUGGAAGAGCUCGACAAGUUCAUGGCCAGCUGUAACGAUGCGGCUGCACAGAAAGCAGCUAAAGAAGCCGCACAGAGGGCGAGAAUCCAGGCUGACAAUGUUGGUCAUCGACUUUUAUCCAAAAUGGGUUGGAAAGAAGGUGAAGGGCUUGGGAGCUCUAGAAGUGGGAUAGCUGAUCCGAUUUUGGCGGGUAGUGUGAAAAAGGAUAACUUGGGUGUUGGUGCAUCUCAACCCGGUGAAGUGACACCCGAAGAUGAUAUCUAUGAGCAGUACAAAAAGCGUAUGAUGCUUGGUUACAAACACAGACCAAAUCCUCUGGGCAAUCCGCGGAAGGCCUAUUACUGAGCAUUACAAAAUGGAAGGGCUUAAGUUGUUAUGAAGAACUCAUCCCGAAAGAAAGAAGUAGGGAUUUAUUUACUUGUUUUAAAUAAUUGUACCGCGUGACAAAAUAGGAUCCGAUAUCUUGUUACUUUUGACAAUGUGUUUUGUUGGUUUUGUUUAUAUGGAUUAAGAUCGAACUCUUUACUGGUUUU